AUGGAGACAUGGCUGAAAGCCGCCAGAGACCAAGCCGCAAAGAUCGGCGAAGACAUUCAGAAACAGGCCAUCUUGCUGGCCGAUGAUGCCGCGCAGAAGGGCAAGCGUGAGCUCAGUUUCCGCGAGGGUGGUCUCGGCUUCGAGUUGAAUGGUGUUUAUGUUGCCUCGGUUGACCCGGACGGCCAAGCGCAUCAACUUGGAGUGCAACAAGGAGACAAGCUUGUGUCCAUUGCAGGCUAUGUCAUCCCAGAGAAUCCCAAAGAGGAGUCUGUCAAGAAAUGGCUCGACGAGAUGAUCCGGCCCGGGAGGCUCACGUUUGUGUCCGAGGCGAUGAAGGACGGAACAAUUUCAGCCUCCGCGGUUGUCUUCCCCAAAGAGGCAGACUUUGCAGACACUGGCCUCACGGCAUUUCCAGAGCAAAGCUGGCAAGAAGAUGAUCUCGUGGUGGUGCUGCCCGAAAUGUCGACCGGAAAGGAAGUUGCCAUCUCAAAGGCGUCUACGCAGCAUGCCUCUUCCCUCGCAAACGUCAGCACUGAGACCCAACUUAGAGCAGAGCUUUAUGCUGCUCGCGACGAAGUCCAAUCGCUGGAGCGAGAGCUGGAAGACUGCCGCCAAGAGUGCUACGAGCUUCGCCACUUCGCAGCCGAGAAGGCAGAGGACACCAGCUUGCGCUCGGGAUCUCGAGAAGCACUGCGCUUGAGAAGAGCAUUGGAGCAACUGGAGCAAGCGCAGAAGGAGGCCGAGGAGAGCCUCAUGGGGCUCCGAGGGGUUCCAUCGCGCGGCAGCUGA